AUGGACUCGAUUGCCAAUCUCCAGGUGGACGCCCGCGGAUACGUCACUGACGAGGCGCGCGACAAGGUGUUCAGGCAGCUGCUGGCCCAGGCGGAGAACGCCGUGUGCAUAGACUGCAACGCCAGAAAUCCAACAUGGAUAUCGCUGACCUACGCCGUGCAUCUGUGCCUGAACUGCUCGGGCAGGCACAGGCAGUUCGGAUCUCACAUCUCCUUCGUCAGGUCCUCUGACAUGGACAAGUUCACUCGGGAGCAGCUCAUACGCAUGGCCCAUGGCGGAAACGCGCGCGCGAAGACGUUCUUCAGGCAGAUCGGGCUGACGAGGCAGCCGUACGACUACUCGUCGCCGAUGGCGCAAAGGUACCCUGCCAUGUUGGAUGCCGAACUCGGCACCGUGCAAACCCAGGCGCCCGAACGUGCCUUUUCGCAGAAGCAGCCAUCAUGUGACCUUCUAGAUUUGGGAAGUGACGACAUGUCGUCUAAAUCCGGCCACCAAAGUCCCGUUGCGACCAACAGCUUCUCCAGCAAUGCAACGCCGGCACCCAGGACCCCUACCGGGGUAAGCUCAAUGACACUCGGAAGAGGCACGCAUGACGCUCCUCGCAGCUGGGGAGCACGCACAGGCUCCUACGGUGGUCACGGCGCGGGAUUCGGUGGCAGGGUCGAGGUGGACUUCGAUGCCUUUGAAAAAUCUAUCAUCAGCGAGGCGUCACAGAAGAAAAACUUAAUCGCAGCACGCGCCACGGAACCGGCGUUGGAGGCGCGGGAGCAGACGCCUGCAAUGACUUUUGCAGCACCCGCGAGCACCCCGUCUCAGUACACACCGCCGCCUGACAUGAGCAGGUUCGCCGGCAAGACUGGCAUCUCGUCGGACCAGGUGUUCGGGCGCGGUGCAUACGCCCAGCAGCCGUCCGUGAACGUUUCCCUCAACCCGCACAAGACGAGCUUGUCGUCGGACGAGUACUUCGGCAGGCCGCCCAGGUCCCGGAGCAACUCCGAGAGCUUCGAGGAGCGCGCUGUACAAAACAUCAAGGAAGGCAUUGCCACGGCAUUAAAGGAGGGUAACAGAUUAGUGGGAAUGGCCAAGCAGUGGUUCAGUAACCACCAACUUUAA